AUGUUGCGUUUACUUGCAGCUCAACUUGAGGCUGCCGCCUUGCUGCUGCUACACCUGCGAGACGAUGCUCUGAAGCGGCAACUGGAAGAUGACCGUGAGUUGCAGAAGUGGCUGAAAGAGCUGUUGCUGCGGCUUCAGACUGCGUAUGAGUGUCAUUCCACCGAGACAUAUCCCCUCCCGCAGACGACGCAAAAGUAUGGCGAAUUCAAUCUACACACCACCCGUUGCUCAUGGAAAGGUCCCUCCAUAACCAUCGCAGAUUAUAUGCGCCCCUCUUUGCAGGGCAGUUUCUCAUUUGCUUGUUUUAUCCACAUGUUGGACAGGCUUUUACUACGGGUCUUUCUGCGGCUGUCGAGGCUGCAAGUGGCCGAGCAGCAACUGCAGCAACUGCUCUCCUUGCCAUGUUCGGCCUGCCUGGAUGUUUGUUUAUGCUGGGAAGCAGCAGAUCCGGCGUUAUGCUAUGAAGUGGCUGCUACUCUGCUGACCUCGUUGAAGCCCACAAAGCGACAACGGCUUGUGGCGGAACUCAGAGAGUCUGUACUCUGCGCGAUUGAGGCUUCCAGAAGGUCCUUAGAAGCCCUAAGCCGGCGGCCGGAUUGUCCGUUGGUGUAUUCGCCGUUGUCGACAGUAGGAGGACACAGUGCUUUGUCAUCUUGGCAGGAGGCUGCAGCUGCUACUCUGCAACCUUUAAUAGAGGCCCUCGCGACUUUACGUGUAGCGACCUGCUGCCUGCCGCUAUCAUUUGCACUGGAGUUGUGGGACAGAGGGCAAAAGCAGGAUUGUUCACUACCCUCCGUGGAGGCAGUGCUGAAGUCCUUCAGAGAGCCGGAGGCCCCGACACCUGCACAGAGUCCUUUUUCGGCUCCCCUUAGAGCCAUCUGCGCAGCACUUACGCGCCCCCCUUGGUUUUCACGAUCGUCACCUCUCUUGCCUCCAAGCCUUCAGCAGGCCGCCGUCCGCGGUCGGACCUUGGCUUGUUGCUGUUUAGUGGGAGACGCAGCAGCCCAGAGCAGGGACGUUCGGGAGGAGCUAAGAGCUGGAGGCAACAGGAGACCUAGUAGGCGCCUGCAGCAGAGGGCAGAGGAAUUGUUGCAAGAUUGGGGUGCCUCACUCCUUCAGUUGUUUGAGGGUUGUUCGGCGGACGGCGGCGCUACACAAUGCAUUGUUGGCGACUUGGAGGUUAGCGGCAUUCGCUGUUUGCUGCAGCAGUGGCGCCUGGCCGAUGUGUUUGCGGAGCUUGAAAUUAUGUUGUCUCACAGAGAUGAAGAUCAGAUAGAUUACAUCGACACCAUUUUGUCUACUUCCAAGACUGGUGAAGAUGAAACGAUGGAACAGCCUACUGCUCCCCUUGAGAUGAAGACUUCGUUGGCUCUGACUUCAGCAGAUGCCACGACUGUACGGCAACUGCAGGAGAUGCUCCCUGGUCAUGGGCCAGGAUAUUUGUAUUUGGCCCUCCGCGAGUUAGAAGGAAAUGCAGAGGAGGUUGUCUCUCUUUUGAUGGAAAAUAUGAAACCUGCGAACCUGCGAGACGUCCCACUUCAGGCGACUCUUCAAGAUGCGGCGGACUUCAUAGACCAGGAGAAACAGGGGGCAGUUCCGGAGCUAAGCAAGAUGCCGCAGAGCGCCGACAUACAGCGUCAGGUUCUUGCUCUUGCCGAGCGGGCGGCUGCUGAGGAUCUAGAAGGCAGCGAAGAUACGAACAGUUUGCUAUACGAUGAUGAUGCUGACGAAGAGCUUCUACAGGAGACUGCGGCCGCCCGGUGGAGCCCUGAAGAAUCUGAAGCAGAGGAGAGUUCGUCAUCUAACGAAACUGAACAGGAGGACAAGAACGCUGGACAUCCGCUUCGCAGCGGUAGUCGCAUGCCAGUCAGAGGCGGCACACUGGCGGCUCGGCGCAAGGAAACCAACAAAGCUUCCAUAGGCAACCAUUCCCGGCGAAACCAGCGGCGUCGCAAGAUUGAGCGAUGCAUGGGCCCGUGA